CCGGAGGCGCGGACCGCUUGGCGCGGCGCUCCCCGCGAAGAGGCAGGUCUUGGGGACCCCAGACCGAUCCCCCACACACCGCCUCGGACGCCCGCUCUCUCCCUGCCCUCCUACGCGGCGUUUCCCGGGCGCCCCCAUUCCGGACCAGCCCUCAGGAGCCGCGGAUCCGACUCCCGCGAAGACUUGACCCCAGACUUCGGGCGCACCCCUCUUCUUGCUUCCCCCAGCCUCUCUUUUGCGCCCCAGCGCAUCCAAGGACCCUUUCUCCUCUGGAAUCUGGAGACAGGAUCUCUCAGAUCUGCCUCAGCUCCCCCAUUCAGGACCAUCCACCUCUGGUACCAGACUCCUCCAUCUCGAUUUCUUCCGUGGUAUACAGAGACACCACCCCCUGAGUCCCCCCCUCUCCCCCCGUUCUACCUGAGGGCCAGCCUUGGCCUCAGCCCCUCUUACCUUCCCCGGGAGACUCCCCCGGCCCCUGCAGGGGCGGGGCCUCCUCCUCCUACCCCAGCCCGGCCCGCACACUCGGCUGUGCCGGGGGCGCCGCCUCCUCCAUGCCGCCCUCGGGGCUGCGGCUGCUGCCGCUGCUGCUGCCGCUGCUGUGGCUCCUAGUGCUGACGCCCGGCCGGCCGGCUGCCGGACUGUCCACCUGCAAGACCAUCGACAUGGAGCUGGUGAAGCGGAAGCGCAUCGAGGCCAUCCGCGGCCAGAUCCUGUCCAAACUGCGGCUCGCCAGCCCCCCGAGCCAGGGGGACGUGCCUCCUGGCCCGCUGCCCGAGACCGUCCUGGCCCUUUAUAACAGCACCCGCGACCGGGUGGCCGGGGAGAGGUCCGAGCCGGAGCCCGAGCCCGAGGCUGACUACUACGCCAAGGAGGUCUCCCGCGUGCUAAUGGUGGAAUACGGCAACGAAAUCUACAAAAAAAUCAAGUCUGGCUCGCACAGCAUAUACAUGCUCUUCAACACGUCGGAGCUCCGGGAAGCGGUGCCUGAACCCCUGCUGCUCUCCCGGGCAGAGCUGCGCCUGCAGAGGCACAAGCUGAACACGGAGCAGCGCGUGGAGCUGUACCAGAAAUAUAGCAAUAAUACCUGGCGCUACCUCAGCAACCGGCUACUGGCCCCCAGCGACACGCCGGAGUGGCUGUCCUUUGAUGUCACUGGAGUUGUGCGGCAGUGGCUGAGCCACGGAGCAGCGGAAAUUGAGGGCUUCCGACUCAGCGCCCACUGUUCCUGUGACAACAGCAGUAACACGCUCCAAGUGGAAAUCAACGGGUUCAGCUCCAGCCUCCGGGGGGACUUGGCCACCAUUCGUGGCAUGAACCGGCCCUUCGUGCUCCUCAUGGCCACCCCGCUGGACAGGGCGCAGAACCUGCACAGCUCCCGGCACCGCCGAGCCCUGGACACCAACUACUGCUUCAGCUCCACAGAAAAGAACUGCUGUGUGCGGCAGCUGUACAUCGACUUCCGCAAGGACCUGGGCUGGAAGUGGAUCCACGAGCCCAAGGGCUACCACGCCAACUUCUGCCUGGGGCCCUGCCCCUACAUCUGGAGCCUGGACACACAGUACAGCAAGGUCCUGGCUCUGUACAACCAGCACAACCCGGGCGCGUCGGCAGCGCCGUGCUGCGUGCCGCAGGUGCUGGAGCCGCUGCCCAUCGUGUACUACGUGGGCCGCAAGGCCAAGGUGGAGCAGCUGACCAACAUGAUCGUGCGCUCCUGCAAGUGCAGCUGAGGCCCCGCCCCGCCGCAGGCCCCGCCCACAGGCCCCGCCCCGCCCCCCGUGCUGGGGGUUUAUUUAAGGACACAGUCCCCCAACCCACCUGGGGGGGCCCAUUAAAGGUGGAGAGAGGACUGGGGUCUCCGUGUCAUUGAGCGCCUGGCUGGGGCCUCCCGGAAGACCGUUUGCUCUGAACAUCCGCCCCUCUCUGCCUCCUCCUGUCUCUCCACCGUCCACUUUGCCCUGGUGAGGCAAACACUGGGCCCGUGGGUCGCGCAGGUUCUGGUCCAGGUGCAGGGGAUCUGUGCUGAACGCUAGGUAGGUCUAUUUAUUGAGCACGUUGGCCCCGUUCCUAGUGCCUUCUAUAACUAAUUUAAUCGCCAUAACGAAGACAUAAGGGCUCUGCUAACACCCACUGUCAAGAUGAAGCAGCCCAGAGCUCAAGGAUAAAGUUCCUGCCCACCAGGACCUACUAUCUGGGUAGGAGACAGACUCGGUAGGUGGCAGGAAGACAGGGGAUGGGCGAAGAGUGAGAGGUGGCUCUGGGAAAGAGGGCAGGCUUCCUGGAGGAGGCGGCGUUUGAGACUGGCCGGAAGCCGAGAAGGAAAGCCCUGUGCGGGGAGGGUGGAGGAAAGUGUUCUCGGUAGGAGGGAGGCAAAGGCAAAGGCUUGGAGCUGAGGAUGAAACUGGGGUGAGCUACACAGUGAGCUGGAGGCCAGUGUGGUUGGGAGGGAACGGGCAAGGGGAGGGCGCUGGGAGCUGAGUCAGAUCCCUAACACUCGCAGGCCAGAGCAGUAAUAACAAUUCUCCAUGCCAGGUAUGAAUCUACUAGCUCACGGCAUUCUCCCCACAACCCGGCAGAGCAGGGGUUGGCGAACGACGGCCUGCUGCCUGUCUCUGUAAAUAAAGUGUUA